AUGUUCGUCAGUCACCUCCCUGCCAUUGCGCCAUUGUACGGAGAUGCUACUCCCCUCUUUACUCAGUUUGAGAAGGGAUACAUGCUCGGCUCUAUGGCUGAUGCGGCUUGCAAGCACGGUCUGCGCUUCCACCUAGAGCCAACAGCGAACGAGGUUACUUCAAGGUCGGAGCAUCUGAAGCUCAUUUCGGAGUUGGGUCUAGACCGCAGUCAGUACCUCGCGCUUGGUGGCGCAGUGCUCUUUGCUCCAUCUUUCAAUUCAGCCUCACGCUGCAAAAUUGGCAAAGUUGACGUCUCCUUCGAAAACAAGAUCCGUGCUUUCGAUAUCGAAUCGUCGAGCCGUAGGGGCGAUCUCACCUUGAAGGAAAUCAAGGUAGACUGGGAUCUGUCAAAGCAGCCGCUUGCUUUCCAUCACAAUGCCUCUCUGCUGCAAGCUGCUACAAGUGUUGUCACUGUGGCUUCCUCAGAGAGUCCUGUCAUGUCUGCUGUCUUUGCCCAGCUAUUCAUGGAGGUCGGGAUCUCAAGUUCGUCCGAGGACACGCCUUCAUUGGGAUGGACUCAAAGUCCGUGGAUCUGCGAUGACUGGGCCUCUUCGUUCGAAGAAGGAUUUGGUUGUAAGCACGAUAUUAUCUUGCUCGGUGGCAUCGUGUCAACGGAGGAGGACAAAACGCAGCCGAACUUUAAUCCGCUUGAGUUGGCAAACGAGCAGCUGUCCAAGUCACUGCCAGCAUACAUGCUCCUCUCUUCGCUAAUGCCCAUCUUCGGAGGUCUUCCACUCUCUGGAAAUGGCAAGAUCGAUCACACCAAGCUGCUCGAGCUACACAACGCGUACGCAGCAACGACGGGCGCGCAAAACAGCGCCGAUGGCCAGUAUCCAGAAACACCUCAGGAAGUUGGCAUCGCUCAAGCUAUAGCCGAGGCAUUGGACGUUCCUGUCGCUUCAAUCUUGCUCAACUCGAGCUUCUUCCAGCUCGGUGGCAACUCGCUGUCUUCCAUCAAGCUGCAGGGCCUUCUUCGUCAGCAUCUUGAUGCAGAACUGGACCUCAAGACAAUCUUCCGUCAGCCGACGGUCAAGGGCAUUGAUGCAGCCAUUUCAAAGGUCCGUGGCACGAUCACCUCGAACUCAAAGCAAAGCAGCGCUUCUUCGCUCUCGGUCAUGGCCCGAUUGGAAGGACCCGAGCAUCAGCACGAACCUUUCCCUCUGACUGCGAUCCAGGAGGCGUAUCUCUUAGGACGUAGUUCCGCCUUCACCCUCGGUAACAUUGCCACUCACGCCUAUUUGGAGUUCGAAACGCCUUCUAGCAUGACACCGAAGCACCUGACGACGAUCAUUCAUGCUCUCGUUAAAAGUCAUGAUGCUCUGCGUCUGGUUUUCGACUUUGAUACUCAGAUGCAACGCGUGCUGGAUAUCGACGAGCUUCCACAAUGA